AACUAACCUCAAAAUUCCGCAACAAUUCGGAUGCUUCUGAUUUAUUGAGUCGAUUGUCAAUGAUUCAUUAUAAAAUAACAAAAUAGAAUAAAGUCUGGAAUUUUUGAGGAAAAUUGUUUUUAGUUUGAUUAUAAUGGAAUUCCAAUUCUUGCAGUGAUCUAAAUUAUUUAUAAAAUAAUUAAAUUGCAAUGCCUUUGGGUAAGAAACCUGAAUGUACGAAGUGCGGAACAAAGGAAACAAUUCUUUGGCACGCUACCGAUGCUGGAAAUUUGUGUAAUAAUUGUUUAGAAGAGGACAAAAAUUUGAAUGGUACAGUGCAAAAAGAGGAGGAAAAAAAUGUGAAUUCAAAACCUGCUAGAAAGAGUACAAGGGUUACACGAUACUGCAAACCAAAUCCUGCAGCACCUCCUUCGAAAAGUUCUGCACCUAAAGGUAGAGGACGACGGAAUAUUUUCAAGAAAACGCCGAUGAAAGCACCAACUGCAACGGCAACGGUGGUUACUAGUGAUUUUGUAUUCUAUAAGGGCUCGUAUUUUCAAGUUGGAGACAUAGUUUCAAUGCAGGAUGAAGACGGUGGUAUUUAUUAUGCUCAAAUUCGAGGACUUUUGACUGAUCAAUAUUGUGAAAAGAGUGCAGCAGUCACGUGGCUUUUGCCAACAACUUCUAGUCCACCUCCAGAAAAUGGAUUUAUUCCCGAAACCUAUGUAAUUGGUCCAGAAGAAGAUUUGCCACGAAAACUGGAAUACAUGGAAUUUGUGAUGCACGCACCAUCUGAUUAUUUUAAAUUAAAAAAUACUCCAUAUCCGAUUCCAUACACAGGUGCUGGAACUGGUUACAUCUGGACAACCAUUAGAAACGAACUCGGUUCCAUGAAAGAACAAACCUGACUUAGAAAAAAAAUUGCUCAAAGUAUGAAAACGCUGUGAAUUGUCUGAAGGAUGCUAGUGUGUUUGUAAAUAAAAUCUCUAUUUUUUCCUCUUUAAAAUCUAAUAUAACGAUUAGUUUUUCUAUUUCGGUAUAAACACAAUUAAAAUAUGACGAAUUUAGAGAAAUUGAAAUUACAAAUAGUUAUAUAUUUGACUUAAUUUUGUUUGAAAUUGUACAUUUAAUUAGUAAAUAUGAAUGAUAAAACCAUCUAUGUAUAGUAAAUGUAUCCUCAUUUAA